AUGAGCAUUAUGUUGCAAAACCUCCUUCUACUUAAAAAGGAAAACGUAUAUCCGACAGAAGAAAAUCUUAAAGCAAUUUGGAAAGGGUCAGACACGACGUUUUCGGAAACCUUACGCUUGGGGCAAUUAUUUGGUAAAGUUUGCAAAGGUCGUGGACUUCAACAAAGGAAAACUGUUUAUCGUCUAUCUUUGCAUCCACUAUGGUACUGUGUGGAUCCUAGUAUCGGUAAUGUUCAGAAUCUCUCCAAAGCCUUAUUACAAGGCUUAUCUUUUGCCCUUCUGAACAACGAAAAGCUGAUAAAAGAGAUUGAGAAGUCUACAUCCGAAUACUCUUGUGCUGCUUGUUUACGUGAUCACUGCAUCUUUCUUAAAGACUAUACUAUUGGCGAUUGCUUAGUUUUACGACGCCUUUUAGUGGAAGAUUUGAAAUGGUUGGAGCUAUAUUAUGAUCUUAGCUUGGUGCAUUUUAUUAAUAAGGCUACUAUUCAAAGCUAUGUGUUUGACCACCAGGUAUUUUAA